UCCGGUCGUGCGAAGGGGUGGUCCAACGCAGCAGGCGGGACCAAUCGGCAGCGACUCCGGGCUCCGGCAGCUCCUUAGAGACUCGCCGCAUUCGAAGUACCGGCUCUGCUGGCUGCUGGCUUUCGCGCCGCCGCCGCCGAGGCGCAGCGCCUCUGGGGGCACUGCUGGUGCUGCAUUCGGUGGUGCACCACGCACACCCUGGCUGGUGCUGCCCUGCGCCUCUGUGCGGACCCUUUCCCCAAGAAGUUGCACGCCUUGCAUGUGGCCCUGUGGAGGCACUAGGCCGGGAAAAGAAGCUGCGGGAGGAGGAACAUGGUGGGAGGUGGGCAGGCGACUUGCUUCUCAGAUUAGUCCCAAUUAGCACCCGGUUGGCAGAUCACCGCACUAAACCAUGAAGCCUUUGGCGGUUGGCCAUAUUAUCAGUAUUUAAAAAUAAUCUGAUCUUAAGAAAACUUGCAACUCCCGUCGCGGGUCAAAGAGGGACACACUCUCAACAUCACCUCCUCGCAGUGACACGGUGUAAAACAAACCCAGGUGAUCCCCAACUGCAGAGCUCUCCCUCAAGUCCGCAUCUCUCCGAGAACGGCGCGGAGAAGCGGGGUCGGCUCUGCCAAGAGCGCCCGGCGGGAGGGGCGAGAUGGCACGCCGAACGCGGCCAACAAAGCGGAUUAUUGUGGGACUGCACAAACGCAACCCCAUCCGAGGAGUUUUGCCAGGAACACCGCCGCCUGCAUUGCGUCGGACCUGACCAUUUGAAAUGUGCAAUUCCCGGGGAAGGUCACGGCCAGGGACCUUGCGUGUGCGGGGCUGUGGGCCAUAGGAAAGAAGAAUUGGGUCUGCUUUUCUGGCAGAAGGAAAAAGCUGUGCUGGCAAGAGUGGGAACUGAAUGCAACCCCCCUCUGUGGAACCACCCCCUCAUAUUUUCCAUCUACCUCCUUGCUCCUGCCCUCCCCCGCCCUCCCCAACCUACGCCCGGGUGGGCCAAUCGCAGCUCCGCAUUCCAGGCGCUUUCUCAGGUUUCUGCUGAUCUUGCAGCGCACAGAAAUGGACCGAGCGGACCGGCCACCGCUCGCAUCUUGCCCCACUCGGCGCUCGUAACCGCUCCCGGCGCACCGCGGAGCCCUGGCGAGGUUCACACGGGGGUGCGGGAAGCGGAGGGCACCUGAGAGCCAUGUAGACCCAAGCUUUCGCUCGCCCGCCUCCGUUGGGAUCGCAUCAAGGACUCCCAAAGUGUUCGGAGGGGGCGAGGGUGCCGUGUUCCGUCAUUUGCUUCAGAGCUUCGGGAGAGGGUGGCAUUUUGCUUUUCUGCCUCGCAUCCCCCGGAACUCCCUGCACCAGAGAGAGGACGGCGUCUCCAGGUUGCUGACAACGGCGUCCAUCGAUCGCCCUGGUGGGAGCUUAGAAGGCGGCAGGCGAAGAGGGGUAGGAGGGGGGAGAGCCGAGAAGCAGAGGGGGUGUCAGGAGAGGGGCUCUGCCGAGCUGGCUCUGCACCGGUCCUAGGAGGGCUUGCGGAGGGGAGGGGAGGCCAGGGUGACCCCCGAAGCGAUGGCCCUGCCCUCUAGAACAGCACUGCGUUAAGGCACCUCGGACCAGGACGAAACACCAACCCUCCCCCAUCCCAACUCGCUGCAAAAAAAGCUGCACCCUCGGCUGCAGGCGAGGGGUUUCCAAACUCAGCCAAAGGCAGGGUGGAGGGAAAGGGAGCCAGAAGCAAAGAGGCAGAUCUCUGGCCCUGCGCUCUUUGAAGCCCCUCCCCCCUGAGCGUGGGGGAGACGCGCACUCCGGUGGGGGGGGCGCUUGGGUCCCCCCCACCCCUCUCCUCUCCGUCCUCCCCACCGCCCGCCUUCCCCUGGCCUCUCACCCCUGCACGUGGCUUCCACCAUGACGGUGAUGUCUGGGGAGAACGCAGACGAGGCGUCGGCCACCCCGGGCCACCCCCAGGACGGCAGCUACCCGCGGCUGGCCGACCACGAGGACCACGAGUGCUGCGAGCGCGUGGUGAUCAACAUCUCCGGGCUGCGCUUCGAGACGCAGCUCAAGACCCUGGCGCAGUUCCCCAACACGCUGCUGGGGAACCCCAAGAAGCGCAUGCGCUACUUCGACCCGCUGAGGAACGAGUACUUCUUCGACCGCAACCGGCCCAGCUUCGACGCCAUCCUCUACUACUACCAGUCGGGGGGCCGGCUGCGGAGGCCCGUCAACGUGCCCCUGGACAUGUUCUCCGAGGAGAUCAAGUUCUAUGAGCUGGGCGAGGAGGCCAUGGAGAAGUUCCGGGAGGACGAGGGAUUCAUCAAGGAGGAGGAGCGCCCCCUGCCCGAGAAGGAGUACCAGCGCCAGGUGUGGCUGCUCUUCGAGUACCCGGAGAGCUCGGGGCCCGCCAGGGGCAUCGCCAUCGUCUCGGUGUUGGUCAUCCUCAUCUCCAUCGUCAUCUUUUGCCUGGAGACGCUGCCUGAGCUGAAGGAUGAUAAGGAAUUCACGGGCACUGUCCACCGCAUCGACAACACCACGGUGAUCUACACCUCCAACUUCUUCACGGACCCCUUCUUCAUCGUGGAGACCCUGUGCAUCAUCUGGUUCUCCUUCGAGCUGGUGGUGCGCUUCUUCGCCUGCCCCAGCAAGGCGGACUUCUUCAAGAACAUCAUGAACUUCAUCGACAUCGUGGCCAUCAUCCCCUAUUUCAUCACCCUGGGCACCGAGAUAGCUGAGCAGGAGGGGAACCAGAAGGGCGAGCAGGCCACCUCGCUGGCCAUCCUCAGGGUCAUCCGCUUGGUAAGGGUUUUUAGAAUCUUCAAACUCUCCCGCCACUCUAAGGGCCUCCAGAUCCUGGGCCAGACCCUCAAGGCUAGUAUGCGAGAGCUAGGGCUGCUCAUCUUUUUCCUCUUCAUUGGGGUCAUACUGUUCUCGAGUGCAGUGUACUUUGCCGAGGCGGAAGAAGCUGAGUCGCACUUCUCCAGUAUCCCCGAUGCUUUCUGGUGGGCGGUGGUAUCCAUGACCACUGUAGGAUAUGGUGACAUGUACCCUGUGACAAUUGGAGGCAAGAUCGUGGGCUCCUUGUGUGCCAUCGCUGGUGUGCUGACAAUUGCCCUGCCCGUACCUGUCAUUGUGUCCAAUUUCAACUAUUUCUACCACCGAGAAACUGAGGGGGAAGAGCAGGCUCAGCUGCUCCACGUUAGCUCCCCUAACUUAGCCUCUGACAGUGACCUCAGUCGGCGCAGUUCCUCUACUCUCAGCAAAUCUGAGUACAUGGAGAUCGAAGAGGAUAUGAAUAAUAGCAUAGCCCAUUAUAGACAGGCCAACAUCAGAACUGGCAAUUGCACCACAGCCAACCAAAACUGCGUUAAUAAGAACAAACUACUGACCGAUGUUUAAAAAGCCAAGCAAACAAAAAAGCCCCACUUAGCAGCUUGAAAGACUUAAAAGCAAAGCAAAAGCCCUGGUGACCCAUGUCACUCUUUGUCGCUACUUUACUAGUCUUUGAAAGCUCUGUUUAACUGUCAAUGCAUUAUUGCAUUGUGGAUUUUGGGGAUGGCCAACCAGAAGCUUUCAAGAUCCAUUAAAAAAAAACCUAUUUUCAUUUUAUUAAAAAUGGGAAAAGAAAGUGUAUUUUAUAAAACUGGUUUAAAAAAAUUCAGUCCAUAAGCUAGUCUAGGUAAAAUAAGAUUCAUAUGCUUCCCCAGACCGAAACAUUUGUAAUCCUUGGGCUUCUUUAACUUUUUUCUUUUAACUAAGAACCAGGUGAUCACUUAGAAAUAUAAAAUUAAAAGUUGCAUGGGACUCCAAUAAAAAAAAAUCUUUGCAAACUGCACAGUACAUUUAAGACAGUGCAUCUGUUGAUAUAUAAUAUGAUAUACCAGCUAAAGUGGGUAACGAACAAUGCUCUUUUGGUCCACUGAACUGCAUAUUAUAAGGUGGGGGGAAAAGCAAACAGAAUUACUUAAGACUGGUUCACAAAGCACCUUAUCAAUCUGAUGCUGGUCCUGGUCUUUAGGGGUUCUCCCUUUGUCCCAUUCUCCUUCUAUUCAAACUAUUCUCU